AUGAGCAUCCGCAUCCUCACGGGCCCCGAAGUUGCUGAGCACGCCAGCCGGGAUAGCUGCUGGAUAAUCGUCCACGGCAAGGUAUACGACGUCACGGACUUCCUCGACGAGCAUCCCGGAGGAAGUAAAAUCAUCUUGAAGUAUGCGGGGAAAGAUGCAACGGAAGCCUACGAACCUAUCCACCCGCCCGAUGCUAUCACUACCAACCUACCGCCGUCAAAACACCUCGGCGCUGUGGAUUCGAGCACGGUCGUCAAGGUCGUCAAGGAGGCAACCGCCGAAGAGAAGCACAGGCUUGCUCUCAUGGAGGCCCGGCCUCCGCUCGACAACGUCAUUAACUUGCACGACUUCGAAAACGUUGCGAAACUCGUGCUGCCAGAGAAAGCUUGGGCGUACUACUCGUCCGCGUCAGAUGACGAGAUCACUAUUCGGGAGAACCGUAUGGCGUAUCAGAGGGUGUGGUUCCGUCCUCGGAUCUUGCGCGACGUCUCGACGGUCGACUGGUCGACGACGAUCUUGGGUCAGAAGUCCAGCCUACCUGUCUACAUCUCGGCGACGGCACUUGGCAAGCUCGGACACCCUGAUGGCGAGCUGUGCUUGACGCGAGCUGCUGCGAAGCAUGGCGUCAUCCAGAUGAUUGCGACGCUUGCGUCAUGCUCCUUCGACGACAUCAUCAACGCUGCCGCUCCUGGGCAGACGUUCUUCCUCCAGCUCUACGUGAAUCGCGACCGCGAGAUCACGCGCAAGUAUGUACAGCACGCCGAGAAGCGCGGAGUCAAGGGCCUCUUCAUUACUGUGGACGCGCCGCAGCUCGGUCGCCGUGAGAAGGACAUGAGGAUGAAGUUCGUCGAUGACGGGGCAGGCGCGGAGGUGCAGAAGGGGCAGGAGGUCAAGAAGGACCAGGGCGUCGCAAGGGCCAUCAGCUCGUUCAUUGACCCAAGCUUGUCGUGGAAGGACAUCCCCUGGUUCCAGAGCAUCACGAAGAUGCCUAUCAUCCUGAAGGGCAUCGGCUGUGCCGAGGACGCUGUUCUCGCUUACGAAGCAGGCGUGCAAGGUAUCGUUCUCUCAAACCACGGCGGCAGGCAGCUAGACACCGCCCGCUCUGGCAUCGAGGUCCUCAUAGAGGUCGUCAAGGCGCUCCGCCUGCGUGGCUACUACCCCGACCCGAAAUUCGAGAUCUACGUUGAUGGAGGCGUGCGCCGCGCCAGCGAUGUGCUCAAAGCAAUCGCGCUGGGGGCAACGGCUGUCGGUGUCGGUCGGCCCUUCUUGUAUGCGUUCUGUGCUUAUGGGCAAGAGGGCGUGGAGAAGGCUAUCCAGAUCUUCCGCGACGAGUUUGAGAUGAACAUGCGUCUGCUUGGUGCCAGGACCAUCAAAGAUGUCGUGCCUGAGAUGGUCGACGCGAGCUCGCUGUCAUCACAUUUCGUGAUGACGCCUGAGGACAAUCUGUUCCACAGUACAUACCAGCCACUCCAGCUUGCGAAGUUCCGCGAGUCCAAGCUCUAGCUAGGCUCGACGAUUGAGCUCGCGCCUUGCGUAUUCCAUGCGAUAGAUGUUCUGAUGUUCUCUUGACUGUAUACCUACAUGCGCUCCUUGUCCUCCA